CCGAAUGAUCUUUUGGAAGCGGCUUAAAUAGUAAACCCCUCAACGACCGCUACAAACUUUACAAGACAGAUAAUUGAAUAUGGUGCUCUGUGAAACCAACCUGAUAUAUUUCGCAAUGAUUUACAAAACUAGCAAUGUGCAAGCUUAUUUUGGACUUUCGGUAUAGUUUUAUACAACAUGAAGCACUUAAUUAUUUAUCAAUAUUGGAUGCCGAAUACUUUGUUAGUUAUAAAGGCACAGCAAGUCGACAUAAAAUGAUCACUAAAGGUUCCAUAAAGCUUGAGCCAUUGUAUACAGCAAGAUGGCCACGGAUAAAACUCAGACUUUACAGUCCCUGGGGAUAACACCUUACUUCAGUUCAUCAUCACGUGACUUGAGACUGGAUUUGAAUUAUCGCAACAUCCAACGACUACCUUACGACCUUUUCAAAUUAGAGGACUUGCAAUGGUUGAACCUUAACGUGAACAGACUGAAUGAGCUGCCUCCAGAGUUUGGAUCGCUGAAGAAACUCCGAUGGCUGUAUCUGGAGAACAACCUCUUCGACAGGUUUCCUGAUGUCCUCUGCGAGCUUACAGAGCUGAUACGCCUUUAUCUGAGCGCGAACAGUCUAAAAAUCAUCCCGCGGGACAUCUGCAGGUUAACGGAGCUUCGAUGGCUCGAUCUCUCAGAUAAUUCCUUUUGGGAGUUUCCUCUAGGUCUUUGUGACAACGCCUUGUCAAAACUGGAACGAUUGGUCAUGGACAACAACAAACUGACAUGCCUUCCAGCUCAGGUUUCUAUCCUGAAAGGGUUAAAGGUUUUGCAUCUGAGCGACAAUCAGAUCGAAUGGUUACCUCAGACGAUUUGCGACAUGGAAAAACUGGAGGAAAUGCUGUUGACGAAUAACCCCCUAAAAACUCUUCCCGCCUACUUUGGCGAAAGACUCAAAAGGCUGAGGACCCUAGUGUGCAAGGGAUGCCCUUUCAUCGACCCUUUGAAGAGCUCUGUAGAGAAGGGUAUGAAAUCUCUCCGGGAAUACCAGGGAAUCAUCAACAGACGGUGUGAGAAUACUGGGUUGGUGUAUUUCAAGAAGCAGAAUGAUGGCAGUGGUGAGAAACCUUGCUAUCGGAUGAGAACUAGACCAAGGGGUGUGGCAGUAAUCAUAGAUAACAUUUCCAAGCUUGGAUAUAGCGAUUCAGAAGAGGGUGAAAGGACAUGUACACCAAGUUGGCACAGUAGCUCAGAUUAUCUGCGUUCAGUUCUCCUGAAGCUCGGUUUCAACGUGAGGAUGAUGCGCGGUUUGAUGUCCCUCGACAUUAUCUCAGCUCUUCGCUUCCUCAGUCUCGAAGACCACUCUUACUUUGACUGUCUCAUGGUCUGCGUCUUGUCUUACGGUGGUCAGGGAAAGGUGAUCGGACCCGAUGGCAUAUCAGUCGACGUCAAGCAACUCAUGGACAUCUUUACCCGUGAAAACUGUCCAACUCUGGCGGAGAAACCUAAAUUAUUCUUCCUGCAGAUCUUGGACAAGCAUCCGGACAACGCACCAAGGUCAUCUGCUUCAUCGCGAAGUCCUGCCGUGUCUCCGAAUGAAACAGAGAGAAAUAAGCGCUCACCCAGAUCGUUGAUGGACCCAAAGGGUUCACUCAUCCCUGAAGAUGAUGACUUCUUGUUAACGGUUGCCAUGGUACCACCCGCCGCCAUAUGCGAGUCCCUGCGAGAUAUGUACACCCUCUAUGUCAACGUCCUUUUCGGAAUGAUGGAGAAGUAUGCCCGGAAACUCAACAUUCUUGACGUCGUUACUGCUGUUCAUAGUGAAGUAAGAACGAUACAAAUCGCCACUGUUGAUGGUCAGACUACUUCAGUGAAGCCCAUCAUUCAGUCUUCUCUCAAGUACAAUCUUUACCUGAGUGUACCCACCAUAAUGGCAACUCCCACAAGUAGCCUUGGAAUGGCAAGUCCAUGAUCAUCGCACAAAAUUUGCAGCGCCUUCAUGCAAUCAUUCAUAAUUAUUAUUACAGGAAUAUAAUGACUCAUGCAAUGUUCUGUUGUGAACCCGACCUACAAAUGAAAAUUCUUUCUCCAAUUAAAAUCCUGUAUCAGCAUUGCAAACGGCUCUCAAGAUGAUCACUUAAUGUCAAAAAAUGGUGUUGCAAAAUAUACCAAAGUAGAAUUGAAAAUAAUGACACAAUCAAGAAAGUGUUCAAAACUUCAAAUGGCAAUAUUCAUGGAUACCUGGUGGCCAUGUGGAUAAUCUCCCCUGAUCAUGCUGAUUGUACGAAAAUCUUACCACGAUAAUGCCCAGUCUUACUAUUCGAGGUACUUUUGUUAAACAACACACCCACAUGAUUUAGAAAGAGUAUAUUAUUCGUUCCUUGGAGAUCAAGGAACAAACUUGACACAGGAAGGUAUGUGCAAUAUAAUGUAAAUAGUACCUCCUACACUUAUUUUUUGUCAGGGCAAUAGGAAUAUUUGCAACGUUCAUCAUUGUUAACGCUUUUAUCCGUGUGCUAACUUACCAUGCAUAUCUGAUGCAGGUGAGAAAUGUUCAUGCAUAGAUUAUUAUUACAUAUCUGACAUAUCUUGAUUAAACUUCAUCUUGGAAUUAAGGAGACGAGUGCUCAUCUAUAUUUUGCAUGUUGUUGAAUCUGUGAACUACUACUUUUUAUACAGAAAGGUGAUUAUCCAAGGGCUGAACUGAACUACUUUCAUUCAGGAAUCGGAAUGUCACUGAUCAAUGUGAAUGAUUUUGCUGGAGACGACUAAACUAAAUUCGUUUAACUGUGGGCAUUAAAACGUGUUGAGGGCUCUGGAAGAGAUGCUACGCAAUAAUUUCUAUACCGAAGAGAUGGGAUGCUAUCCCAACUAAGAUUUUCAGUUUCUUUCAUGCACUUCCUUCGAGUCCUAUCUACAUAUAUAUUGCUUUCUUCACGAAAAUGAUACAUACAUUUUGAUCGGGUAAGGUGCAAUUUUCCCUCUUUUGCUGGCAAACUUAUUAUUUAUUUAUUUUUUGAUGAAUGGGCUGAAUAGCAAAGGUUUGUGACGAGAUUUAAAUCUAAACAAUUUUUAAUGAAUAAUGCAUGUAAAUGAUCAUUGCAAUGGCAAUAUAGAUUUUUUAUGUGGUUGUAAUGCCUCUUUAUACUGUACCUGUGUUAUCACCUUAAAUAUUUUGUGAGUUUUAACUGAUUGAAGAUAACAGGCGUACAGUUUUCACAUUUGAACUGAUUUGUUUUAUACCGCUUUUUAAGAGUCAUACACAGGGUGCUAACUUUGUGCUCUCUAAAAAUUAUUUUCCAUUUUGUUCGAUUAAAAAAUAAAUCAAAAUUCCAUGGUUAGCCCGAAGCAUAAUUUUCUAAAGUAGGCAUAGUUUUAAGAGGAAUUACAUAUUGUUCAAAAUUAAAGCCUACGUUGCAUUGCAGUUACAUUAAGAAGCCUGUUUGACAGUAUAAUGGUUGUGUUAUAUAGGCCCUAUCCAUUCCUAAAAUAUUUGUCUUCAAAAUAAUGGUCAAGUCCCAGUCACAGACAGCAACAAGAACGAUUCCAAACCGACCGAUGGUAUGUCAUUCAAAUAAUGCAUUAUAUUCAAUCGGUCCAGAGACGGUUUUAGCUGUACUAGCUGCGACGAUAGUUUGUGCAUGGUUUCGAAUUGAUAUGAAAAGGUUAAUUUCACUGGCAAUUACCUACUGGGAAUUAAACAUGAUGGUAUCAAUAGCUGCACAGAAUUAGUUCCUCAUCGAAUGAAGCGCAAAUAUUGCUAUUUCAAGAACAUUACAAGGUGAGACUCUAUUUUAUGCGCAAAACGUAGAACAAUGAUUUUGCAUAGAUAUGAAAUGCGCUAAAUUUUUAUAUGAAUGACGAGAAGAUCGAGGAGCAUGGCAAACAGAAAAAUGGAGCGAGACGAUAGGGAGAGACUGAAAGAGAGGGAGGAUCGGAAAUGGAGAUUGAACAAAGUCAAUAUGUGGGAUGAGGGAGAUGGAAAAGGAGAGAGGAUGAAGAGGGAAAGGAAGAAAAAUGAGAAAAGGAGGAAGAAAUGUGCUUGAAGCAGACAAAAAGCUCGAGUGACAACUCCCGCUGUAACAUCGAAAUCCAACAUCAAUAUGAAAGCAACGAAACUAUCACCCGGUUUGCCAGAAAUGCUUUGAAGCGAUUGAUACGAUUCAUGCUCCUUAAAAUAUUUCCUCUAUCAUUUACAUCUUAAAGGUGGAUUUCUACUCUGAGAAAAUAUUUCUUUUAUUCAAUCAAUGGUUCAUUCAAUGUAAAACAUGAGUGGCUGAUUCUGUAAUUUGGAUACAAUCAUCAUUUUGUUUUAUUUUUUAUUUUCUUAUUCACUAUUUACUUAUUUGUUAUUCACUUAAUUAUCUAUUUCUUUUAAGGGGGGUCGGGUCUUCUAACCCUUACAACCACCAGCGCGCCUGUGUUUCAUUGGUCAUUCAAAAUGGAUGAAACAAGAGUUAUUUUUUAUUAACUUUUGAUCAAACAGUAAUGAUUUCAUUGUUGAGUAUUUAUAAAUCAAGGACUAAACAAUCUUGAAUUUUCCUUUUUCUGUCGAGAAAAUUGAUUGAUACAUAUAUAUGCCUAUUCUUAUAUAAAAAAAUAGGGAUCGACCAUCGAAAUAAAGAAUAAUUUAUGAUCUUGCGAAAUUCGUACUCAAAUGGAUGGUGGGCUCACAUGGCAAUAACAAAUUGUUGCAGAUUUUUGGAUCACAAAAAUAAUAAGUACAUUUUUUUUGUCAGUUUGCUAAAAUUUCAAUUGAUAUUUAUAUUUUUUAUUCAUUUGCUGAUGAUGGAAAAGAAAAACAAAAAUAUAGUCAAAAAUAUCACAAAUAUGGGCGGAAUUUUCCGUUAAUUCUAGAUGAAUAGAUUAGGGUUGGGGAAACUGAUUCUAUAUCAAUCUUCCUUGGUUUCGUAAGCGCAAGGAAUGAUAUGCUGAAUACGACGAGAAAAGCGAUGACUUGUGUGAUGCCUUCGCACCAACAAAACCAAUUCCAAGCCGACCGAUGAUGCAUGACAUUGGAAAUAAUGUAAUAGCUUUGAUCGUUCUGGAGUCGGUUUCGUUGGAAUGACUGUAUAUAGCGUAACUCCAAACCACACUGUAUGUUAAUUCAUACUGCAUUCAACCUGGGCAUUCCAUACAGCAAUGACACUUUGAUCAUUGACAAUUUAAAUGGAUCUUCAUAAUUCAUAUAUUAAAGAGUGAGAAAAAAGGUAUAGGCCCUCUCUGUGGAUGCAUAUAUGAUACCGAGAGCAAGGGAGACGGCUGGUAAAGAUCGAAGGAGAAAAAUACAUAUAAAAUAAACAUGAAAUAGAACCCACAAAAAUGUAACAGAAAACGGAAAAGGAAAGAGAGAAUAGACGAAGGAAUUACAUGUAGUGAAAAAAAGGUAUUACAAAGCUGAGAACAUCAUCAAAUAUAGAAUAAACAUGAUGAUUAUCUAUCAUAACUAGCUAUAAAUAAUAAUUAGUUCUUAUAACAUUUAUCAUGAGAAUAUGAGUGAUCGUAAUAGUGAAGUUUUAAAAAAAUCCUGUGAAAAUAAAUGAAUUAACAAUACAAAUAAAAUGUAUGUUGAUAUAAUCGCAUUGCAUUGUCAUAAACUCUUUAUCUUUCACUUUUGUUCAGCCUUUUUAUAGAUCAAUUAAUUUUAUUGUAUCAGUAUCUAUUCUUCCCUAUAUAGUUUCCUGUUCUCAUUAAAGAAAGAUAGGCUCUUGAUGUUUCUUGAUAUUAUACCAGCUCAAUCACUUUCAUUAUUGUGCUUUCGCAAACAUUAACAAAUUCAAAAUGCAAUUAAAUUCCAAUAUAAGGUAGUGUAUAUGUGUUGAUAAUCGUACGUAAAGACUUUUUAUCAUUAUAACUUGUUAUCACCAAUUGCUUUCUUAAAUAUUUGUACUUUUCAAUUAAAACAUAAUGACGUAAGAUAA